UGUCGUCGCCGCCGCCGCCGCCGCCGCUGCCGCAGGGGGAAGGGUUUCUCUUGCCUGCUAACUCUGCUGCUCUGGGGGAUCCUUCUUGCGUGGCAAGAAGCUGCGCGUGAGAGAGUAAGGUGGUAGGAUCUUCUCCUCGUUCCCUGGGACCCGGCGGGAGGGCGCAGGAACUGGCGACUAGGUCUCCGAGGGCCCCCAGUGCCAGAUUGAUACACCUCUGGAGAAGCUAUGACCAGGUGGGCACGAGUCGCUACCACACAGAACAAAAGACCCUUUCCUGCAACAUCAUGGGAGGACAUGAAGAAGGGGUCCUCUGAGGGACAAAGCCAGAAUCUUCCAAAGAGUAAACAACUUGAAGCCAAUAGGCUGUCCCUUAAAAAUGAUGCCCCCCAAGCAAAACACAAAAAGAAUAAAAAGAAAAAGGAGUAUUUAAAUGAAGAUGUGAAUGGAUUCAUGGAAUAUUUAAGACAAAACUCACAGAUGCUUCACAAUGGUGAGGUGAUAGCAAAAGACAGUCAGAAAGUAAGGGAAGAAAUUGAAGUUGCUUUAAAGAAAGACAAUCGCCGGGAAGGAAGACGAUUAAAAAGACAAGCAGCAAAGAAAAAUGCAAUGGUAUGUUUCCAUUGUAGACAACCUGGCCAUGGGAUUGCAGAUUGCCCUGCUGCCCUUGAGAAUCAAGAAAUGGGCACGGGAAUUUGUUACAGGUGUGGAUCCACAGAGCAUGAAAUAACCAAGUGCAAGGCUAAAGUAGACCCAGCUCUUGGUGAAUUUCCUUUUGCAAAAUGUUUUGUUUGUGGGGAAAUGGGGCAUCUGUCCAGAUCUUGUCCUGAUAAUCCCAAAGGACUCUAUGCUGAUGGUGGUGGCUGCAGACUUUGUGGCUCUGUGGAACAUUUGAAGAAAGAUUGUCCCGAAAGUCAGAAUUCAGAUCGAAUGGUCACAGUUGGUCGCUGGGCAAAGGGAAUGAGUGCAGACUAUGAAGAAAUUUUGGAUGUGCCUAAACCACAAAAACCCAAAACAAAAAUACCUAAAGUUGUUAAUUUUUGAUGAUUAGUACUGUUGUUUGUUCAACAUUCUGAACUGGGCCUGCUUCACAAGUUGGAGCUGGACUGUCCCUUGGAGGCCUGUGUUAUAGAUAUCAGUAUAAUUUAGUUGUGGUCAAACCAGUUCCUGAGUUCUGUCCAUCAAGGGGCACUUCUCACAUUGCUUAUAGAAGAUCACCGAAAAAAAGUAUAAGAUGUUUAAAAUGGAUUUUCUAAAAGAAUAUAUUUUUGACCGAUAGAACUUAGGUGUAACUAAGUGAUUAUAUACCUGAUUGUAACAAUCAUUUUUUUCUUCAAAACAAAAUUAUGCAUUAAUAUGAACUAUCCCUAAACAUAGGGUAACUGCUUUGCAUUUGGAAAUGAAUUUGUGGCCCUGUUGUUGGUUCAAAGUAUCAGUUUAUCAUUAUGUUAGAAAUUUAUUUAUAAUUGCCACAAAAUGUAUUUUUAAAAUAUUAAAUAAAAAUUCAUUUGCUAUUUA